GAACCUUUGUAAUCAUGGACCGUACUUCCUCGCGGCAAACUCCAGCUUAUGCGGCUUAGCAGCAAAUAACUUCUUCAGGAACAUCCUCCAUGUCAGAAGAGCUUUCCUCGUGUCUGCUUUGCCAAUGGCUGUUAUUCCGUUUAUUUCAACAGCAGCAGUUUAUGAAGUUUUUGUGCGUGAGCCUUUAUUUUCAGGUGAUCUAAGCUGUGAGCUCUGCGCUGUGGUCAGAGGAGGAAUAACGGGGGCUGUGGUGGGUGCUCUCUAUCCCAUUUUCCUGGCUCUCCCUCUGAACGCAAGCCUCACAGCCAGGUAUUCUUCAUCUCCCUUGCCAGGGAAAGAAAAUCUGUUACGCUACUGGCUCACAACUGCUCAGCCUGUUUUCAGAAAGAUGAGUCUGGGUGUACUUAUACAGCUUAUAACUGGAUUAUAUCUUGCCACUAAACAUCACGGAAUAUAUGUCAAAAUACUGCAGCAGAUGAGCGCUAGCAGAGAUCCUGAAGAGUUACAAGGAUGAAGUUAAGCAACUUUUCAAUUGCCUUGGAUAAGUAGCCAUAAUAAA